AGUGUAGUCUUAAAUUAAAUAAACAAACUAAAUUAUCUAAUAAAAUGCAAAUACAUUUUAAUACUGGAAAUAAAAGACCAGAUAAGCUUUUCAAACAAAACUGUUCAGUUUCCCGAGAUUAAAUCCCAGACCACGUUCAAAUGUGAAACUCAGUAGUGGCUACGUAUUUUAUCAAGCUAGCUGAUUACUGCCAUAUGCCAACCGCGUGCCACCAUAGUCAACCUAUAUGGUAUUCCAUCAGAGUUUCCAUAGCUAUAAUUAUAUUUUCCGCAAAAAGCAUACUCUCUCUCACACACGCGCAUCAGCACAACGUUCUUAUUAUAUUUUCCCCUCCAUUUCAUGCACUUUAACUACGGCAUAGACUUGUUUUGUAGCUGGACAUUAUUUUAACAUUUAAAAUCACCAUAAGCGUCAGUUUGAAUCAAGAACCAAAUAAAACAACAGAACACACAAAAAAUAAAAGGGCCUCUCAAAUGUGUGUGUGUGUGUGUGUGUGUGUAUACACACACACACACACACACAUUUGUUUUGCAUGUGUUAACAGUUCAUUUGGUUUCUUUUUAGGAAAUAAACUUUGCACUAGGCUGCAGCAAAAAAAGUAUGUGCGUGUUUAUAGUUUUAUGGUAAUUAAAAUGCUCACAAAUGACGGACAGGCAUCUAGACCCUUUUGAAAGUUACUAAGUCGUAAUGACUAUAGACGCUAUUUAACUAAUUUACAGUGCAAAACUAAAAACAGAUGAGGGACGCACCGGCAGUGUAAUUGAAGUUCGAACUAAACCUGAACCGUGCACAUCACUUUGUAAAUAUUACAGUAUUACUAAUCUGCUGAAAUGUAACGUAGGCAACAAUUAUUUUCAUGGUAAAAAAUAAAAUAAAAAAAGUCAAGACUUGACUGCGCUCUUAUGAAACGAAGCCAAUAGGUACACAAGUCUCAAAUAAGUUUCACAUGAAUGCACACCAGUAUAGAUAAGACAAGGUCAGAUAACUUACUCGCUAUUUGAACGCUAAAACAUCUAUUAACGGUAACAAAUUAUUUCAUUGUCAUUGUAUGGGGCUCGCACCACUUUCAGUAAUAAAUAAAAAAACACGCUGAUACAAGAAUACACCCCAACUGAAAUUGAAAGACCCAAGUCAAACUUGAGCACAAAGCUGCUGAUCUGCUAAGCAGGCAGCGCCUGUGCAAACUGCGCACUCAAGUAACGUGAAUGCAUAUUACGAGGGUCUCUCAAAUUGACACACCGAGUUACAUAUUUAAAUAUGUUUACUGAUUUAUUUGCAAGUACAUACUGAAAACGUCAACCCGAAUGAAAACAUUUACAAUAGGCUAUAGCAAAAUAAUGUAUGCGUGUUAAUAAGAAAUGAGGUGUAAGCGGAAAACGUUUACUGAGAUUUUAGAGGAUCGUAUUUUUAAUUUUUAAAAAAUCAAACGCUUUGUGUUGAUGUUGUUCAUUAUUAAAUACAGAUGAGUAAUGUAAAUGCAGUAUGCUAUACAACAAAAGGUACAGCAGUCCUCCAGGCAUGCUACGAUAGAAUCGAUUAUAAACAUUGAUACUCUUGCAUGAACUACUCUUUUAAAAGACAUUAUAUAAUAAUAAAUGAAGCCUCUUUCUGCAGCCAUAGUAAGCACUUAACUUCCCAUAGUGAAAUGCUACUAUAAGGUUAGUGGGCUACAUGUAAACAACAGCUUCUGUGGAAAGAACUAACGUUUCUCGUGACCCAAAAACAGUAGAGCCAAUGAAGAUUUCAGCACGUCUAUGAUGUCACCUGUCUCCUCCUUACCCGCUUAGGAUAAAAGCAGAUAAUUAAGUACUAGAAACAUAUGCAACGGCAACCAAACAUGCUUGACUCGUUAACGCUUCUCAUUGAGAAGGUGUUCCUUUUCACCAACUUUAAUUUGUUUUCUACUAUCUCGACAGAUAAAAAUGCAAACUACUUUGACUGGACCUCUUUUCAAAGAGGCGAUUUGUUAGAAGUGCCGCGUACUCUCUUUAUUCACUUUGGCAUUUACCUCGGAGACGAUAAAGUUGCUCACCUGAUGCCAGACAUCCUGCCAGUGUUUACCAACGACGAGCGUCAGAUUCAGGAAGUUGUGACGAACAAGAGACUUCUUCUGGGCGUACUUUCCAAAACUGCUAGUAUACGAAUUGACACUGUGGAAGAUUUUGCCUAUGGGUCCAGCAUUAUAGUGAACCACAUGGACAACAUCCUCAAUACACAGCAACUUCCUAACGAAGAGGUAGCAAGAAGAGCGGAGAAACUUGUUGGAGCCACACCUUAUAGUCUGCUUUGGAAUAACUGUGAACAUUUUGUCACAUACUGCAGAUAUGGGCAGCCUGUGAGUUUGCAAACAGACAAGUUCUGCAAUGUUCUGAAAAUGAUCAUCCAAGAUCAGAGAAGUGUUAUGCUGACGGCUAUUUUGGGAAUAAUAUCCAUACUUUAUCUUGGCCUGGCUCCUUCCACCACGCUGCCAACCAUUCUCAUCCCAUUCACCCUGUGGAUGGCCAGUUAACGUCUGCAAAAGACAAAACAAUAACAUAGUACUUAUUGCUUAAUAUAAAGGGAGGGGGAGUGUUUUUAUAUGUUGUAGUAAGAUGCACAUUGAAAUGACUUAAGCUUUCUAUUUUUGAAUACAUAUUUUAUCUUACUGUGUAAGCCAAUAUAAUGCAUCUGCCAAUGAUUUUUUUUUUUUAUACACAAGAUGAAUGGUUUAUAGAUUAUAUAAAAUGUACUACAGGUAUGUUAGUGUGUAUUUGUAUAUAAAUAUAUACAUUGUAAACAGAAAUUGUUUAACCCUGGUCUCUACAGUCAGUGUGUAAAAUAAGUUCUUCAUUGAACAUGUCAAAGCAGUUCUGUUUUUAAAUGUAUAUGUUGUAAUACCUGAAAGUGUAUUUGUGCUUAGUGUUCAUGUCGUUUUAUACUGUAGACGAAACUGCUCUUGUCGGUGACAAGCAUUUUUUACUUAUUCAAUGCAUGUGUGUAAGAUGUACAUGAUAGUAAGCUUGACAGAGGUUUAUGAGACACUCCUCUUUCACCAAACAGUAAACAGAUCUUCUGUAUGUACAGCGUUUGGUACUGGUGGUUCCUUCCAAAGUUUACACAAAUGGAAGGGGCCUCCUUAACUAUGGAUCCCAUAUCUGUUUACUAAAGAUUUUGGAAUGCGCACCAUUUUCAGAAGAAAAAAGUAUAUGAUGAUAAACGGGUGGGUGUCUGAUUUUUAACUGUCACUUGAAUUUUACUGGUUUUGUAACAUUAAAACUUGUUUUAUGCUUGUUUAAAUGUUAAAUUUGAGUGUUCUAUUACUUUUGAAAAGGAACGUUUUGCUUUCUUUAGUUAGGACUGUUGUACUGUAUUUAAUCCUGUGGAGUUUUAUUUUGUGCUGUUUUGGAAGGUUUAAGUUUGAGCUGCCAGUGGUGGGCAACACAUACACAUUAAACUAGAAACAAAGGGUCUUGUUCACACAACCUCAAAGACUGUUGAAGCUCAUUUUGAUUAAUUGAAUGAAGUUUGCACUUCAGAAAACCAACCUUUUGUAGAGAAGUGUAUUCCAUUUUUAUAAAGCUGUUGAAAUGUUUAUGAUCAACAAACAGUCUUCAGUCUUUCUUAAACAAUUUUUCCAUAUAGGUUUGAAAAUCAUAGGACCAUGAACAUAAAUGAUAGGAACGUGCCUUUUAAAGACUUAGAAUGUAACCCUUAAAGAAGAACCAAACACAUUUUCUUUAAGCAUCAUACAAUAUACCCAUCAAGGGAUAUAAUACUUUAAAUUAGUUAGACAAAUAUGUACAAUAUUCGCUCACAU